AUGCCGAACGUCAAACCCAUUCUACCUCCUCUUAAGACCCCCAAGAGCGCAACCUUUCCCUCGGAGUUUCACGAUGAUUGCCCCUCCAGUAUCUCUGAUGCUAUCAAGCAGGAGGAAGACCUACUCAACUCCAAGUCUACUCCCAUCACACCUCAGUCCGCCAUUCCAAACUCUUAUUUGAAAUUUUUGGAGGAUUACAACACAAAGUCUCCUCUUAAGACCUCGUCUUCUUCAUCUUCUUCCCAGCCUGUUAGUGCAAUGAGUGGUUCUUUUUCAUUCAGCGAUUUUGUGCGAUCGCCCACUGUAUCAUUACCGCCAACCACGCCUCUUUCUGCGGUGCCUUCGCGACGAAACCUCCCAGUGCCUCGUCGUCUCCGAAUUCCACCAUCAUUGAAAUAUUCCCCAACCACAGAUUCGCCAAAGAGCGCAACCUCUUUGCGAACGCCGUUCUCACCUUCUGGGGACUGGAGGAUUCGCUAUCUUGAUCCACCUCGUAGUGCCAAUGGAAAGCCUGUUAGUGUGAAACAAGUUGUUACCCGAACAGUGACCUACAAGCGCACCCACCUUGACGCUCCUCCGAAGGGAAAGCGACGCAAGUGUCGUGAAGCCAAAGAAGGGAAGGAACCAAAGGAUGUCAAAGGGAUCAAAGUGAUCAAAGAGCCCAAAGAGCCCAAAGAGGUCAAGGAGGUCAAGGAGGUCUAA